AGAGGACAAUUGAGAGGAGGACAUAGAAUGAGAGGUCAGCUACGCAAUGUCAUAACUGAUGAUAUUAGGGCAACAUUGGUGGACCAUGUGGUUAACCAUGGUUUGACAAUGAGAGAGGCUGGGCUGAGGGUACACCCGAACCUCAGCCGGUUCACAGUGGCCUCUGUCAUCCGGACAUUCCGACUGGAAAACAGAAUGACCAGAAGACCAAGUAGAGGUGGGCGCCAACGGCUCUUCAGUCCUCAACAGGAGACUGAAGUAGUCAAUAUUGUGAGGGCCAACAAUGCCAUCCGUCUCCACCAGAUAAGACACAAGAUUCUAGCUGACCAAGGAACGUUUCACAAUGUAAAUCAAGUCAGUGUUUCUACAAUCCAACGCAUCUUGGUGAAGCACAAUGUUUCAAUGAAACAGUUAUACAGAGUCCCAUUCGAAAGGAAUGAGGACAGGGUGAAGGAACUUCGCCAUGCAUAUGUACAGAGAAUCAUGGACAUGGAUGGGGCCGACCAAAUGCAUGAAUUCAUUUUCAUUGAUGAGGCCGGAUUCAACUUAACGAAGAUGAGACGUCGGGGGCGCAAUAUAAUUGGGCAAAGGGCAAUUGUGCAUGGCCCUGGGCAGCGUGGUGGAAACAUCACACUAUGUGCUGCCAUAAGUUUCAGGGGGUUGCUUCAUCACCAUUCAAAAAUAGGCGCAUAUAACACCCAACACAUCAUUGCCUUUUUAGAUGCGCUUCAUUUCACAGUUGUGCAGGACAGACCAGACCAGCCCAGGUUUGUUGUGAUCUGGGACAACGUAAGUUUCCACCGGGCUGCUCUGGUCCGUGACUGGUUCAACAAUCACAUUCAUUUCAAUGUCAUGUACUUGCCCCCUUACUCGCCAUUUCUUAAUCCAAUAGAGGAGUUUUUCUCCGCCUGGAGAUGGCGCGUGUAUGACCGUCAGCCACACGCCCGUCAGCCUCUUCUGCAGGCAAUGGAACAGGCCUGCGGUGACAUUGAUGUACAAUCAAUUCAGGCAUGGAUAAGGCACUCCAGAGCCUAUUUCCCCCGAUGCUUGGCAAGGGAGGAUAUUGCCUGCGAUGUAGAUGAGGUUAUGUGGCCAGACCCAAACAGAAGGCAGAAUCCCUAACUAUUUUGUAAUGCUUCUGUAAUGUAGGCCUGCUAUGGUUUUGUUUUUGGAGUGAUUUUUUGUUGUAAAGUAGGCCUGCACUUGUUGUAUUUCAUCAUGAUUUUUAUUUUGUUUUAGUUUUUUUUACAGACUUGUGGAGUCUACGUAUUUCAGUUUUUUUUGUUACGUAAGUGCCUAUUUGCUUCGUGGAAUUGAAUAAAACACUGAACCUGAAAGAGUGUAUUGUCUUGUGUAAAGUAGACUGGUGUUUUACAGCUGAGCUGAAAUGUGUUGUCAUUUGGUGCUAGUGUGUGUGCUUUGUAACCAGAGUUACAUU